AAAAAACAAAAAUCGAAGAUUAUCUGUGUGUUUGUGAUCAGAUAGUCAGAGCACAUAGCUCAAUGUUUUAAUCCAUUCUUUGAAGUCAUGAUCCUUUCAGAUUAAAGUCACUUCGAUUCGUGCAAUAGAGUCGUCGUUAACCCAAGGAACUUUUGAGUUCUGCAUUCUCCAAAAAUGGCUACCAAUAGUGACAAAGUUAAUCUCUCGCGCACGUUCAAGUAUUUACUAGCUACACAGUUUAUAUCCAGAAGCAUCCCCUUCAUAUUCAAUUCAUGGAUCGUGAGGCAUCUCACCGAAAAAGACUAUGCGCUAUACGCAGUCCAGUUCCAUCUUUUUGUUACUUGUGUCUUGUUUCUCAGCCGGGAGGGAUUCCGGCGUGCUUGUUUGCGGGCUGACAUUAACAGUGAUGGUCUUGGGUCAGUGGAAAAUGUGACUAGGCUAUUGAAAGUAGCAUGGAUGACUUUUCCACUCGGAAUAGCCAUUACUAUUGCAGCAUCCGUUUUUGUGUUAUGGUGGCAGAACCUUAGUUACUCCGACCCAUAUGCACAGGCUAUCUUGAUUCAUGGAUUUGCGUGUGUACUGGAGCUAAUAGCCGAGCCUUUGUAUAUCCUCUCUCAGACAUUGCUGAGACUAAGGUUACGCCUCAUUGUUGAGACUGUCGCUACAGUUGCACGCUGUGUAACUCUGUGCUCUCUCUUAGUUAUGCAGACCAACAUGGAAAAAGUGAUAAUCUUUGCACUGUCACAAGUUGCAUAUGGAGGUUCCUUAUUUCUUGGGUACUGGGCUUAUUUUCUAAUUUGUGGUGUUUACAGAAGUUCAGAUCUCUUUCCUUUCAGACCUGGGAACCUAAUGAAUUUCGAUAGGCAGCUCUCAAACAUGAGUAUGCUAUUUACUUUUCAGUCCUUCCGGAAAUUGAUCCUUCAAGAAGGUGAAAAGUUGGUCCUUGUAUGGUUAGAUACACCUUAUAAUCAGGCUGUAUAUGGGAUCGUCGACAAACUAGGAAGUUUAGUUGUACGCAUGGUGUUUCUUCCUUUUGAAGAAAGUUCAUACGCUACAUUUGCCAGGUUCGCAUCAGGUGAUCAUCAGGAAAGGAAAAAGAAACUCGGAAUAUGCUUGACUGAGGCCUUGAAGUUUGUGAUAUUAAUAGGUCUUAUAUUUAUGGCAUUUGGUCCGAGUUAUUCGUACUCUCUCAUCAGAUUGCUGUAUGGUGAAAAAUGGAGCGAUGGAGAAGCUUCCUUGGCCCUACAGUUUUAUUGUCUCUACAUCAUCGUCCUGGCCAUGAACGGAACCUCCGAAGCAUUUUUACAUGCAGUUGGAUCAGAGAAUGAACUUCAGCGCUCAAACGACAUGUUGCUUGUAUUUUCAUUGGUUUACGUCACCUUAAAUAUUCUGCUGAUAAGAUCUGCCGGAGCAAUAGGUUUAAUCAUGGCGAAUUCUUUGAAUAUGAUUUUUAGGAUAAUCUAUUCAGGGAAGUUCAUCCAACGUUACUUCCAGGGCACUUCUUCGUUCUCGUUCCGAAAAUGCUUCCCUUUAGGUUGGCAAAUUCUUAUCCUUUCGAGCAUAAUUACUCUCAUCUCAGAGAAAACUGUUCUCCACCGUAUGAAUUUCUGGGGAACAUUUCCUCUCCAUUUCGCCAUCGGUUUCAUCUGCUUCUGUGUUUCGGCCAUUGUCAUAUACCGGCGUGAGAGGCUGUUCAUCAAAAGAAUCAUACAUUUCAGGGAUUACAAUCACGACGACUGAAGUAACCAAGAAAUCGGUAUAAGUCCUGCUUAGAGUACGGGUAACGAUUAGGUUUAUGCUUACAAACAGAUUUUAACGCUGAGAAAGAAAAAGUGAUUACUUCUGUAUUACCGAAUCCAGCUUUAAUGGAAAAAAAAACUUCAAUUCUUAUACGAGUUAUUUUA